AUGCCUGUAUCACACUCCAUCCACGCCGCAGCAUCUGCUCCCAAGGUCACCUUCGCUCCUGAAUCCCCCACCAUGGACUGCGAGCUUCCACUCCGCGGUCACAGAAAGAGAGCCAGCGGCUCGAAUAAUAAUAUCCUCGCCGCAGCCAACUCCCCCAUGAAAAGAUCCAUCUCCACUCCCGUCGUCUCUUCACCCGCCAUGAUCUCCUCCGAGCAAGUCGCAGACUUUGAAAAGCAGCGCCAGAGCUUGGUGCUGAUGACCACUUACAUCACCAGCGCCAUUCAGGAAAAACGGAGGGGCGAUCCAAUCAAGUACGAAGAACUCAUCGCACAGCUAACGGUGACUAAGCCUUCGCCUUUGGCUCCGACGAAAAUGCUGCAGUGGAUCCAGGCCCUCUCCCAGUGCAUCUCCCUCCUGGACAAGUCGUGCGUGGCUCUGAUCGAAACCAUGCUGCAGAUCGAUUGGCUUAUUCAGGAUGACGUCUUUGUACAGUACUAUAUGUCCUUCUUGGGAAACGUCGUGUCAGCCCAUGCCUUCUAUGUGGUCCCAGUCCAGUCAAUGCUCAUGCAAAAGCUUACCCACCGUAAGUAA